CCGAGCUGGGAAGAUGUUCUGGCUGCCUCUUCCGGCUGCCGGCAGAAUCGCCGUCCGGCGUCUGCGAGCGAGGCGACUGUGGGGCCGGGGUCUCGCCACCGCAGACAUGACAAAGGGCCUUGUUUUAGGGAUCUAUUCCAAAGACAAAGAAGAUGACGUGCCCCAGUUCACAAGUGCAGGGGAGAAGUUUGAUAAAUUGGUGGCUGGAAAGCUGAGAGAAAUUGUGAACUUAUCUGGACCACCUCUGAAAGCAGGCAAAACCCGAACCUUUUAUGGUCUGCAUCAGGACUUCCCCAGUGUGGUGGUCGUUGGCCUUGGCAAGAAGACAGCCGGAGUCCACGAGCUGGAGAACUGGCACGAAGGGAAGGAAAACAUCCGCACCGCCGUCGCAGCGGGGUGCCGGCAGCUGCAGGAGCUGGAGCUGUCUUGCGUGGAGGUGGACCCUUGCGGCGAUGCCCAGGCUGCUGCGGAAGGUGCCGUGCUCGGCCUGUAUGAGUAUGACGAGCUGAAGCAGAAGAAGAAGACGGUGGUGACCGCGAAGCUGCACGGAAGCGAGGGCCAGGAGGCCUGGCAGAAAGGAGUGCUCUUCGCUGCUGGGCAGAACCUGGCCCGCCAGCUGAUGGAGACUCCAGCCAAUGAGAUGACACCGACCAGAUUUGCUGAAAUAAUUGAGAAGAAGCUCAGAGGUGCCAGCGCUAAAACAGAGGUACACAUCAGACCCAAGUCUUGGAUCGAGGAACAAGAAAUGGGAUCAUUCCUGAGUGUGGCAAAAGGAUCUGAUGAGCCUCCAGUCUUCUUGGAAAUCCACUACCGGGGCAGCCCCAAAGCCAGUGACCCGCCCGUGGUGUUCGUGGGGAAGGGAAUCACCUUUGACAGCGGCGGCAUCUCCAUCAAGGCCUCUGCAAACAUGGACAUCAUGAGGGCCGACAUGGGAGGAGCUGCCACCGUGUGCUCUGCCAUCGUGUCUGCUGCGAAGCUCAACCUGCCCAUUAACAUCAUAGGAUUGGCCCCCCUUUGUGAAAACAUGCCCAGCGGCAAGGCCAACAAGCCGGGGGAUGUGGUCCGAGCCAAGAACGGGAAGACCAUCCAGGUUGAUAACACCGAUGCCGAGGGCAGACUCAUCCUGGCUGACGCCCUCUGCUACGCACACACCUUUAACCCGAAACUCAUCAUCAAUGCAGCCACCCUUACAGGUGCCAUAGACGUAGCCCUGGGGUCAGGUGCCACUGGUGUCUUCACUAAUUCAUCCUGGCUGUGGAACAAGCUAUUUGAGGCCAGCGUGGAAACAGGGGAUCGUGUCUGGAGAAUGCCCCUCUUUGAACAUUAUACAAGACAGGUCAUCGACUGCCAGCUUGCUGAUGUUAAUAACAUAGGAAAAUACAGAUCUGCAGGUGCAUGCACAGCUGCUGCAUUCCUGAAAGAAUUUGUAACUCACCCCAAGUGGGCACACUUGGACAUAGCAGGUGUCAUGACCAACAAAGACGAGGUCCCUUAUCUGCGUAAGGGCAUGACCGGGAGGCCCACAAGGACUCUGAUAGAGUUCUUACUUCGCUUCACUCAAAACAAUGAUUAGUGCACAUACUCAAAAAGUCUCUCAUUUUGUUAAAAAAUUGGACAAUUGAACUUCAGAAUAUUUUUGAAUUAAUGCAUGAAAAUCUUUUUCCCCCACUUAUUGAUUUAAUUUGAAAGACAGAAGUAUAGAGAAGAGGACAGACAGGGGGAGAUCUUACAUGGGCUUGUCCACAGGACAGAAAGUGGGCCGAUGGGAUCCAGAUGUCGGUGCCACAGGCAGAGACUUAGCCCACUACACCACAGUACCAGCCCAGGAAAAUCUUUUAAAGGCAACAAAAGAUGCUGUAUAAAACAUAAAGAAGAAAAUGAAAUUAUAUGGUUUGAUUUCUUUCAUGCAAAGGUUUAUAAAGUAAAGGUAAUAUCUUUCUUUGCAAAAAAUUUUUUACAGAUCCUUUAAAAAAAAAUUCUAAACCACUGUAUGAAGCUGCUUUUAAUUGACGAAAAAUUAAUUUUUUGCAUUUGUGAUUCUAGGAACAUGAACAGACUGAAAGUUGACUAUGCAACUGUCAAAAUAAUAAAUACGACUUUUUGUG